CAGAGGAGGCAUGACGAUUUCCACGCGCCAGCUUGCAAGUUGUAUUUUUUACUGCGCAACGUUUCUUUAUAUGAAUAAUUUAAAGUUUAUAGCCGUUAUGCUUUUGCACAUAUUCGCGUAUUUAUUUGAGUCCCGGUUAAUAUGUUAGUGUGAGAAGUUUGUUUCCGCCAGUUUGUUUUGAAAGUGACGUGAGCGAGAUAUGUGUUCAAUGCAACAGAAUAAUGAGCGGUUCUCUUCCUAACUCUCCGGAUGGAAAUGAAGACUAUGUCGUGCAGCAGGAAAAUGAGCUGGAAGCCCUCGCGUCCAUAUUCGGGGACGACUUUAAGGACAUCCGGACUGAACAUCCGUGGAAGAUUAAGCGUCCACCAGAAGUCUAUCUUUGCCUCCGCCCCAAUGGUCUGAACCAUGGACAAGAGUGUUACGUGACCGUGGACUUGCAGAUCAAAUGUCCACAGACGUAUCCUGAUGCGCCUCCAGAACUUGAACUAAAGAAUGCCAAAGGUCUCUCAAAUGACAAUCUUCAAAACCUGCAAAAUCAGCUGGCCAAACUGGCGUUGGAACGAUGUGGAGAGGUGAUGAUCUAUGAGCUAGCAGACUUUGUGCAGGGCUUCCUUACAGAACACAAUGUUCCACCGUCUAGCUCCUUCCACGAAGAGAUGCUGAAGAAUCACCGGCGGCAGCAGGAACGUCUGGCCCUCGAGGAGCAGCAAAGGAUUGAUCAGCGUCGCAAACAAGAAGAACAGAUGCAAAAUGAGAUACUUGCAGAAAUCCAGCGACGAGAAGAUGAGAAGCGAGAGGAGAAGAGGAAAAAAGAGUUGGCCAAGUUGGAGCGUUUGGAAAGUGUCUCUCAGCCAACGGCAGGAAGCCCAACCUCGGGCAGCGCCAGUUCUCCUGUACCUCCCACCGAGACAGCGGAGAACCGAAAAGCAGCUUUAAAUAGACGUCGCACGACUUCGAGCAGCAGACACAGGCGAGACACAUACAGCGAUGAUAAUCCAAGUCCUCAUGAAGUCCUCCAGUUCAGCAGUAGCGCCAUGGGCGAGAUCCUGGUACACAGAGGAAAAUGUGUUGGUGAAAGUAAAAGGCUGGGCCGGAGUGUGUAUUAUGCCCUUAAUGCAACAUCGGGCGAGUUUGCUGUUGUGUAUGAAUGGAUCCUUCGCUGGAACAAGAAGAUUGGGAAAUUCUUCACCACCCAGGAAAAGGAAAAAAUCGAAAAAUGUAAAAAACAGAUCCAUGGAGCAGAGAGCGAGCUAAACUCCCUGAUGAAGCUGGACCACCCCAACCUGGUGCACUACCAGGCCAUGAGCUACAGCGAGCGUGAGGACUGCCUGGUGGUGCACCUUUUGGCCGAGCACGUGCCUGGAAGCAGCUUGGCUCAGAGUCUCUCUGCAGAAACGCCGCUGCCCCCUGAUCAGCUGAGGCAGUACGCCGCUCAGCUUCUCGCUGCACUCGACUACCUCCACACCAACUCGGUGGUGCACAAGCAGCUGUCCGCCUCCUCCGUGCUUCUAGAUGCCCAGGGCAAUGUGAGACUGGCUGAUUACAGCCUGGCUAAACGGUUAGGGGACAUGUGCAAGGAGGAUAUUUUCGAGCAGGCUCACGUGCGCUUUUGCGAGGACACGCUGCCCACACGCACCGGCAAGAAAGGGGACAUAUGGAGUCUCGGGCUGCUUCUCAUGGCACUCUCUCAGGGACGCGAGGUCAAGGAGUAUCCUGUUACCGUACCCCCCAGCCUACCUGCUGAUCUUCAGGAUUUCCUCAAGAAGUGUGUGUGUCUCAAUGAUGCUGACCGCUGGAACACUCAGCAGCUGCUAGAGCACUCGUUCCUGCGCCCACCCUCACCGAAGAGCCUUCCUCCAUGCCAGGAGCCCAGCCCAGAAGACACGGAUGUGGAUUUUGCGUCCACGGUAAUCCCGCGGAGUCACCUUCUCAGCAGUCCGUUCAGUACCGUGGUGCAGAAACAGUUCUCCCGUUACUUCAAUGAGUUCGAGGAGCUCCAGCUGCUGGGGAAAGGUGCUUUUGGAGCAGUAAUCAAGGUCCAAAACAAGCUGGAUGGCUGCUACUACGCGGUCAAACGGAUCCAGGUGAACCCAGCCAGUAAGCAGUUCCGCCGUAUUAAAGGAGAGGUGACCCUGCUCUCACGCCUGAAUCAUGAGAACAUUGUGCGCUACUAUAACGCGUGGAUUGAGAGACACGAGGCACCGUCCACUGGGGCGGACAGCAGCGACACCUCCGAGCCAGCAAGCACCCCUGAGCGACCGCCACGACCCGCUGCUCCAUCUCGUCACAAUGAGCUCGGCCUCCUCGACAACAUCGAGGACGCUGCACCCCCGCCGGCGCUGGCCAGUUCGGUGGAGUGGAGCACGUCUCUGGAGAGAUCUUCUAGUGCCAAGUGCAACACCACCGACUCGAGCGAUGAGGAUGAUGAAGAUGAGGCAGAUGUGUUCUGUCCGUCUUUCCUCCCGUCCGACAGUGACUCGGAAAGUGACAUUGUUUUUGAUAACGGCGAUGCGAGCAGAGACAGCGUGGUCCAGGAAGAAUUGAGUAAAAGGCAAGGAGUGGACACAACGGAGAGCUCAAUAUCUGAAAAGCCUCCUCUUAUUGCACAUUAUCUGUACAUACAGAUGGAAUACUGUGAAAAAAGCACUUUGAGGGACACAAUAGACCUGGGUCUUUACCAGGACUGCAGUCGCCUCUGGAGACUCUUCAGGGAGAUCCUGGAUGGCAUUGCGUACAUUCAUGAACAGGGAAUGAUCCAUAGAGAUUUAAAGCCCGUCAACAUUUUCCUGGACUUUCAUGAUCAUGUCAAGAUUGGAGACUUUGGCUUGGCUACUGAUCAUCCGGCCACCACGGCUUCAGGCAUACAGGAAGUGGAGGACAACAGCUCAGGACUCAUUCUGAAAUCAGACCCAACAGGUAACAUGACGGGUAUGGUUGGCACUGCCCUGUAUGUCAGCCCAGAGGUUCAAGGAAACACAAAAGCAACUUAUAACCAGAAAGUGGAUCUGUUCAGCUUGGGGAUCAUCUUGUUUGAGAUGUCCUACAGACCAAUGACCACAGCUUCUGAGCGCAUCUCCGUCCUGAGCCAGCUCAGAAAGGAAUCCAUCGACUUCCCUGAAGAUUUUUUUGAAUAUGAAAAUGGAACACAGAGGAAGGUGAUUGGCUGGCUGUUGAGCCAUGACCCGGCCCUGCGGCCCACGGCGGUGGAGCUUUUGAAGAGCGAUCUCCUCCCUCCUCCUCAAAUGGAGGAGUCGGAGCUACAUGAGGUGCUCCAGCACACCAUGGCUAACGUCAACGGCAAGGCUUACCGCACCAUGGUGAACCAGCUGUUCUCCCAGAACAACUCUCCAGUGAUGGACUACACCUAUGAUAUUGACAUUUACAAGGGCACUUUUAAUUUCAACAGUGCAAAGCUGCAGCAGUAUGUGUAUGAGACAGUCACCAGGGUCUUCAGAAGACAUGGGGCAGUAAGGUUACAGACUCCACUCCUCCUGCCCCGGAACAGGAAGCUCUAUGAAGGCUGUGAGAUAGCGUGCUUUAUGGACCAUAGCGGCAUGCUGGUCACUCUUCCUUAUGACCUCAGGGUCUCAUUUGCCAGAUUUGUGGCCAGAAAUGGUAUUUCACACCUCAAAAGGUACUGCAUCGAGCGUGUCUUCAGGCCCCGGAAGCUGGACAGAGCUCAUCCCAAAGAGCUGCUCGAGUGUGUUUUCGACAUUGUUGUGCCUUUGACGAGCAGUUUGCUGCCUGACGCUGAGACCAUCUAUGCCAUCUCUGAGGUUAUCCAGGAGUUCAGCGCACUCCAGGAAAGAAAUUACACUCUCUAUCUGAACCAUACCAGUCUGCUACGAGCCAUUCUGCUGCACAGUGGUGUGCCAGAAGACAAGCUAAACCAGGCUUCCAGUAUUCUGUGUGAUGCAAUGAGUGAGAAACUGACGAAACGCGAGGUGGAGGCCAAGUUCUGCAAUCUGUCUCUGUCUAAUAACAGUUUGCAGAUGCUCUAUAAGUUCAUAGAGCAGAAGGGAGAGCUGCGGGAACUCGUUCCUCUCAUCAACUCGCUGACCAAACAGAAGACUGCUGCAGUCACACAGCUGGCCAAGCAAGGCCUCAAAGAUCUGGAGGAGCUUACAGGUCUGCUCAAAAGACUAGCAGUUAAAAUACAGGUGGUGGUCAAUCUGGGCCUUGUCUACAAGGUGCAACAGCACUGCGGGGUCCUCUUUCAAUUUGUGGCCUUCAUUAAGAAACGCAAGCGUACCGUUCCUGAUAUAAUAGCGGCUGGAGGACGUUAUGACCACCUGAUCCUGGACUUCCGGGGACCAGCAGCCACCGCUCCCGUGGCCUCAGCGGUGGGGGCGAGCAUAGCCCUCGAUAAGAUCUGUAUUGCUGUGGCAGCCAUGGAAGAACCGCCUCCUGUAAGCUCGUGCGAUGUGCUGGUGGUCCCUGUAGGCCAUACAUCAAUGAGCAGAGCCGUAAAUGUCAUGCAGAAGCUCUGGACUGCUGGAGUGUCGGCCGAUCUGGUUUGCGAUGUGUCACAGUCUCAAGAGGCUCUCCUGGAUUACUGCAGGCUUGCCGGCAUUACAUUCAUGGUUCUGGUCUCUGACAAAGAGGGCACCUAUGUUAAAGUGAAAUCUUUUGAGAGGGACCGACAAUUAGAAAAGAGGAUCCCGGAAUCAGACUUGGUGGAUCACAUCAUCCAAAAAUGCCGAACCAAACUCUCUGAUGAGAGAAGCCGAGAGGUAUCGGAGGGAGGUUCUCUCCAGAAUCCAAAGGGAUCACUCCUGUUAAACUCGGGGGCAUCAGAGCAGCACGGAGGAGGCACACCAAUGAACAUGAAUGUAAACCUAGUUACACCAGACAAGGUUUCAGCCAGCGCACGACGACGCUAUGAGACACAGAUACAAACCAGAUUGCAGAAUCUUGGCAGCAAUUUGCAGAACAAGAGUAAUGACAUCGAGGUGCUGGCUGUUGACUUGCCCAAGGAAACCCUCAUCAACUUCCUGUCUCUCGAGUUUGAUGGAGAAGAGCAGUUCAAUGUCAGUGUUAAACAAUUAUUGUCACACCUGCCCAAGCAGCGCUAUCUCAAGUCCAUCUGCGAGGAGAUCCACCGUUUCAAAAUGAUUAAAAGGGUUGCUGUCGUGGUCUUAUACAGUUACAGAGAUGACUACUACAAGAUUCUUCUCUGAACUGGACAUCAUUCAUCAUUUUAAGACAAUUUAUAUUGAAGGACUGAAAUUAAGUAUGUUCUUGAUUUGGAUUUGUACGGGGUGUUCUUUUUGUAUUGCUGACGGUUGCAGUUUACAUCCCUGCCAAAGGUACAAAUUGUUUAUUGUUAUGGGGUCCAGGAAUUAUUAGCAGCUUUAAGCCUCUGCAUCAUAUAAUUCCCCAGUCUGAAUUCUGUCCAUAGCGAAAUCGAUCUUUAUUUUCCAAAACAGGAAACUGUUUGAGUAUUUGAAAAGUGUUAACACUUGAUAUUAUGUAAAUGCAGAAACAAAUGCAUUAAAACAUGUAUUUUUCCUUACAAAAAUGCUUUCCCUUUUUUAAAUGUGUAUAUACUGUAAGCAGAGCAGUGUGAAAUGUACCGAAACAAAUCUCUACAGUUCAUGCUUCAGUAAGUGGCAUUUACUGAGGCUGGGGUUUAUGGAUCGACGUAUAUCUCCAUCUUGCAAAUUAAAGUGUCAAAAUCAAACCUUAGGGGUUUUGUUAGUGGUAACAGGAGUAAUAAAACUGCUUGAAAUAGAUCACACAAUAUCUUUAUUCCUUUUCCAAAAAAGCAGAUAGAAAUGGACAUGGUUUAUAAAAUCAAAAAAAUGUACAGCAGCUUUGGCUAAUAUGGUUUCUGUCAACAUCCAAACAA